AUGUCUUCUAAGCUUCGGAUUCUAGUUCCCAUCAAGAGGGUGAUUGACUUCGCCAUCAAGCCGCGUAUAAACAAGGCUGGCACCGGUGUAGAGACCAAGGGUGUCAAAUUCAGCAUGAAUCCAUUUUGUGAUAUUGCAUUGGAAGAAUCUUUAAGACUUCGUGAAAAUAACAAAGACCUUGUUGAUCACAUCCAUGCGGUGUCUAUAGGCCCUACCAAGGCACAGGAUGUGUUGCGUACAGCAUUGGCCAAGGGAGCAGACUCCACUACUUUGGUUGACGUCGGGGACGAUGAAGUCGAGCCACUUGCAGUAGCCAAGAUUCUCAAGAAAAUGGUAGAAAAGCAGAACUCUAACCUUGUGAUUUUGGGUAAGCAGGCCAUUGACGAUGAUGCCAACCAAACCGGUCAAAUAUUAUCUGGGCUUUUGGAUUGGCCUCAGGCCACAAAUGCUUCCAAGGUUCAAGUCGAAGGAGAUUCUGUUACUGUUACCCGUGAGAUUGAUGGAGGUUCUGGAACCCUUCGUGCGAAGCUUCCUAUGGUUAUAACCACCGAUUUGCGUUUGAAUGAACCACGGUAUGCGUCAUUGCCCAAUAUAAUGAAGGCCAAGAAGAAGCCAUUGGAAAAGUUGAAAGCAUCUGACUUUGACGUAGAUCUCACGAAGCGGGUGGAGACUUUGAAGGUAGAGGAGCCACCAGCGCGUCAAGCUGGUGUGAGAGUGGAAAGUGUGGACGAGUUGAUUUCGAAGUUGAAGGAGAUAAAGGCUUUGUAG